AAUCAAGAGAUAUAUUAGAACAAGAUCCUCUUCCUAAACAAACUAAUUUAACACCUCCACACGAAUCAGAUAGUUCAGAUACUGAUGAAGAAGAAAAUAUGGAUCCAGUAAUGGAUGCUAUUCAUAAUCUUACUAGCCGUUUUGACAAAUUAGCUAUUAAUAUGGUUCAGCAACAACCAGAACCACAACCCAAGCCUGCCUAUACAGCCAAAAGAGAGUCUAGUAUAACAGAAGGAGAAACAAUAACAAUAAUAGAAGAAACAACAACCGCUAUAGUGACAAUAGAAGAAACAGAGAUAGAAGCCAAUCUCACGAUAGAAAUUAUAGGGACCAAAGUCAAUCUCAUGACAAAAAUUAUAGGGACAGAUCCAGAGAAAGAAGUCAAGAAAGAUGAAGACCAAGGUCUAAUCGUUCACCAUUUUCCUACUAUCGAAAUAACUGCUCUCACUACCUAUAUUACUGAAACCAACUGGGAAAAUACCAAACCCCAGCCUAUUAAUACUAUUACUCCU